UGUAACAACUCUCAGUGUAAAAAUUCCCGGAGCAAAAUACAAAAGAAAAUGAGCUGAAAAGAGAAUAUUCAAUAAUUUUUGCCGCGCUCCCCACUCCGCCGCCCCGCGACUCUCUCCCUCUCUCUCUUUUCCCGUUUUUAUAUUUCCCCUACAGCACCACAAAAUAAGAUAGAUAGGUGUAACAAAACUCCCCUCCCCGGUGCCCAGGUCUGGGAAAGUCUCACUUGAGCUACUGUUUAUACCCACCCACUGCGAGGAGGAUCCGAAUCGUCGCAACGCAAAAAUCAGGAUAGCUCGUCUAUAUUUUUCAAUUGUCUUCCCCCCGGUACCUUUGCCCCCUCUCUCUCGCGCCGUGCCCCCUCUCUCUUCCGCCUCUCGCGUGUGUGUGUCAUUAUCGGUUUCUCCUCCCUCGUCGCUCCACCGACAUCGAAAAAAUAUGUUAUCACCUACAAUAUUUUGCUACUGUGUACUUUAGUAUCCUCCCAGAAUUAAAAACAAUACACGGGCUCCUCUCGCCGGCUACCCGUGUUCGAAUUUUCCUCUUCGCUCCCAAGUGUUGUGCCAUCCUCAGUGCGGUCACCACCCCGUCGUAAUUUUUCAAAGUUCCUGUUGACCAGUUUUCUACCGUAUUUCGCCGUUCGUGGAAGUUCACCCGGUGCGACCGCCCAGCGAAUUGGAUCAGAAACGUGUUGUGUAUGUGCCAAAUUUGUGUUCUGUGUCGACGAAUCGUUUGCGAUCUUGCACGGCGAAAAUACCAUGCCCGCGAUCAAGUUUAAACGUAAAUCUAUUUUCGCCAUUCCAUGAUGUGAUCCGGUGCUCGUUGCUAAUAUGUGCCUUCUAUGAACUUGUGACAGCCGCGAACAGAGGAGAAACAAUUGUGACUUUGUGACAAACUCAUCCGAGUGUUUUUGAUUUCUCGCCGGAAAGAAACGUCGCGGAUACCGUUUCGGUUCGCGCGAGUUUUGUGCGGAUUAAAACUAUUUAGCGAGAAUGAAUGUGCCAGUAGUGAUCACGUGACGUCCCGAUCACAAAAUCGCUGGAGAGGGUCAAGAUUCACACCCUUGUUGACUUGACUGUCAUGUCCCAAUUUGGUCUUUCUUUAAGAACAGCGUCUCCAGCAAAACUUCAAACUCAGCCGGGAGCCGGAGGAGCCGGGAGCUCUACCCUCUCAAGUUCGUCGAGCCCCUCGACCGUCGAAGCCCGAGCGUCGACCUCAUCCCCGAGCGCGAGGAUGGCCGUGACCAGUUCGGAAGAGCGGGAGCCGCGGGUGGCCUCCCCUCCCGGGGGCGGCGCCCCUCGAUGCUGCGACACCGGGAAACCCUUCUACACGGACCCCAUCUCCGGGCAGACGAUUUGCACCUGCCAGUACGAUCUCCUCAACUUCCAGCGCCUCGGACCCCACGCUUUCCCCCCGCUCUCCAUGUACUCCGCCCCCUACCCGGAGGGCAUCUCCGCCUACUUCCCUCCCGCCCUCGGCGGGGAUCAGCCUCCUUUCUACCCUUCCUCCGUAGCCGGUUUAGAUUUAAAAGAAAAUUUGACAGCAGGUGCCGGUGCCUGGUACCCGUCGAUAUACCACUCGUACGAUGCUGCAGCUCUAGCUGGCUAUCAUUAUAAUGGGUUCGGAGUGGACGUGGGGCGACGGAAGAACGCGACGCGAGAAACGACGAGCACGCUGAAGGCGUGGCUCAACGAGCACAAGAAGAACCCGUACCCGACGAAGGGGGAGAAGAUCAUGCUGGCCAUCAUCACCAAGAUGACGUUGACGCAGGUCUCCACGUGGUUCGCCAACGCCCGGCGGCGGCUCAAGAAGGAGAACAAAAUGACCUGGGAACCGAGAAACCGCGUCGAGGACGAAGACAACAACAACGAUGACGUCACCGACGGCAGGAAGAGCGGCGACCCCAAAGAUCCACUAGAUUCCAAAGACUCAGGUACGGGCUCAAGCGAAGACGGCGAUGGAGACGGCGAACGGUCGGCAAACCAAAGGCUGGAGCUCCUGGAACGUCCGGGCGGCGGGACCGGAGACACCGGCUCCGAGUGGAGCGAGUCCCGGCCCGGAACCCCGGAAUGCCUCUACGACCGGGGCGCACCCCCGUUCCUNCACCCCGCCUACCACGGCCUCCCGCCGCACCCCCACUCCAGGUUCCAAAGCUCCCCGCCCCCCAGCAACGUAACCAAGCCCAGGAUCUGGUCCCUCGCCGACAUGGCCAGCAAGGACUCGUCCGGCAAAACGCCUUUCCGGGGAGUCCUCCCCCAACAAGCUCCUCACCCCUCGUGCUUCAUUCGGCACGCGGAUUUCUACAGGAGUUUCUACGGUUCGCACAUCCCCGGCAGUUCGAGCGAGCACCAGGCGCUCCUGGAGAACUACUCCAAGACUUUCGGCGGGUUCCCGCCGGGCAGCAGUAACCCGCCGUUGUCGUCGGUGGCUGCCGCGCUGGCCGCCGCGCACACCGCGUCGGCAGAUGGCGCUGGUGCACCCGCCUUCGGAGUUCCCGUCUCGACGAGUGCGUCGUCCAGUUCCUCGGAGUCACCCGCCGUCUCGGAGUCGUUACAGAAACCCCUCGACAGUGCCCAGCGGGCUUGA